AACAUGUAUUUACAGUCUCUUUGUUCAGCGUAAGUCUAUUUAAACAGCAUACCCGAGUUUUAGAUCAUAUGUUGAUGAGACGCCGACUCUGAGCGCCCAGCGCAGACGUUCUGAUCGAAUACGUGUUGUCGUUGCGUAUCCAAGAGCAGAUGAUUCCGAGCAGAUGUUGUUGUUGGCGGAUGAUCCGGGCCCAUCCGGGGAGAUGCGUGGUGGUGUGGUGCCAAUGCCAUCGACAUCUUCCGCACAACCGGACUUGCGCGAAGAGCUUGAUCCUUUCAAAAUUCGUACACUGUUGGACAAUAUGAAGCAGAUGGUUGCUGCUGACACCGCUGAGAGACCGCCAUCUGGGACCUCUCGCAGUACAUUGUGUGGUCGAACCUUUCGUUCUGGCAGCGCCAGGAGCUUAUCUACCAUGGCAGUGCAAUCGUUUGAAGUUGGUCAAGGAGUUGGAGCCGCUCCAAAACGACGCAGUAUCCUUCAUUCAUUGUUCUCUUCAAAGAAAAAUGGUAAAAAGUAG